AUGGUCAGCCCCGACUACGACGGCGAGGAGGAUGCCAGCGGCGAGCUAUCGCUGCGUCCCCAGGCCCUGGAGGACUUCGUCGGACAGGCCCAGCUGCGUGCCAAUCUGCGCAUCUUCAUCGAGGCCGCGAAGGCGCGGGGCGAGGCGCUCGAUCACGUGCUGUUCCACGGGCCGCCCGGCCUCGGCAAGACCACCCUGGCGCAGAUCGUGUCGCGCGAACUGGGCGUCGGCUUCCGCGCCACCAGCGGGCCGGUCAUCGCGCGCGCCGGCGACCUGGCGGCGAUCCUGACGAACCUGCAGCCGCGCGACGUGCUCUUCAUCGACGAGAUCCACCGUCUGUCCCCGGCGGUGGAGGAGAUCCUCUAUCCGGCGAUGGAGGAUUUCGAGCUCGACAUCAUCAUCGGAGAGGGGCCUGCGGCGCGGUCGGUGCGCAUCGACCUGCCGCCCUUCACGCUGAUCGGCGCGACCACACGCUCCGGCCUGAUCACCCGGCCGCUGCGCGAGCGCUUCGGCAUCCCCCUGCGCCUGCAGUUCUACACGCCGGAGGAGCUGCAGCUGAUCGUCGGACGCGGCGCCCGUGUCCUGAACAUGCCGCUGACCACCGACGGCGCAGGAGAGAUCGCCCGCCGGUCCCGGGGAACGCCGCGUGUCGCCGGCCGGCUGCUGCGGCGGGUGCGCGACUUCGCUGCCGUCGAGAGCGCGGGAGAGGUCGAUGCCGCCACCGCCGACGGCGCCCUGCGGCGGCUGGAGGUGGAUGCCCGCGGGCUCGAUGCCAUGGACCGGCGCUAUCUCGGCUGUCUGGCUCAGAACUACGGCGGCGGUCCGGUCGGGGCGGAGACACUGGCGGCCGCCUUGUCCGAGCAGCGCGAUGUCAUCGAAGAGGUGAUCGAGCCCUACCUGCUGCAGCAGGGCCUGCUGCAACGCACGCCGCGCGGCCGCAUGCUGACCCGUAGCGGUUUCGGCUAUCUGGGUCUGGAGGCGCCGCGUGCCCUGGUCGAGCAGCUCGAUCUCCUGAGCGGCGGCGCAGCGGCGGAGGACGACGCUGCGGGAGAAGACGCUGCGGGAGAGGGCGGGCCGGAGGGAAACGGCGAGGGGAGCGACCAUCUUUUGCCGCUGCGUGUCUAUUACGAGGAUACCGACGCGGCCGGCAUCGUGUAUUACGCCAACUAUCUGAAGUUCGCCGAGCGGGCGCGCAGCGAGCUGCUGCGUCUGCUUUCGAUCGAUCAGAUCGCGCUGCGCGACCAGGAAGGUCUCGCCUUCGCGGUGCGGAAGGCCAGCGUCGACUACGUCAGUCCCGCACGUCUGGAGGACUUGCUGUACGUACGUUCGCGCCUCACGCAGCUCGGCGGUGCGGUGCUGUCGGCGCGCCAGAGAGUUGAACGUGACGGUAACCUUUUGGCGGAUAUCAGGGUGCGGGUCGCUUGCCUGCGUUUGUCCGAUGGCAGAGCGUCCCGGGAUAUGGAGAACGAAGCGGUUCAGGUCGUCGGCGCGGCCGCAGGCGCGCACGACUUGUCGCCGUGGGGACUUUUCCUCAUGGCCGACGUCGUCGUGAAGUUCGUGAUGCUGUUGCUGGUGGUCGCCUCGAUUUGGACCUGGGCGAUCAUUUUCGACAAGGGCGUGCGCCUGCGCCGUCUGCGCCGCAAGGCCGAGCAGUUCGAGGACAACUUCUGGUCGGGCGGGUCGCUGGACCAGCUUUACGACCGCCUUGGCGACAGCGCCAACGAUCCGCAGUCGGCGGUCUUCAUGGCGGCGAUGCGCGAGUGGCGCCGCUCGAGCGCCCGGGGCAGCCGGAUCGACGGCGAGCACGGCAUGGCGGUCCGCGACCGGAUCGAACGCGUCAUGGAUCUGACCAUCGGCCGCGAAAUGGAGCGGCUGGAAAAGCAGAUGACCUUCCUGGCGUCGGUCGGGUCCUCCGCGCCCUUCAUCGGGCUGUUCGGCACGGUCUGGGGCAUCAUGAACGCCUUCACCUCCAUCGCGGCGGAGGCCAACACCUCGCUCACGGUGGUCGCGCCGGGCAUCGCAGAGGCGCUCUUCGCCACCGCGCUGGGUCUGGUCGCCGCGAUCCCCGCAACCAUCGGCUUCAACAAGCUGAACAGCGAUCUGACGCGCUACGGGCAGCGGCUGGAGUCCUUCGCCGGCGAGUUCUCGGCGAUCCUCUCCCGGCAGAUCGAAGAAGCGGCCUAG